AUGGCAAAAAGCAAAUUAAAGGCAGCUCUUGAUCGUGAGCAAGGAGUCAAUUACAAGCUUGAGCGCCAGAAAAAGCUUCAAAAGGUAGCUGAAAAGCGUAAACGGCAAAAGGCGCCAAAGAUUGGAGAGGUAGAAGAGGACGAAGAGGAGGAUGUGGCCGAUGGUUCCGAUCUUGAAAUCGAGGAGUUCGAUGACGAUGCUGAGCAAAUCCCCAAAUUGGUCAAAACAAAAGUCGCGAUACGGAAUAAGGGUGCGCCGCAAGACGACGAGGACGAAGACGAAGAUGAGGAUGAGGAGGACAUACCCCUCUCCGAUAUUGAAUCGCUAGCCUCGGAGGAUCGAGCGGAUGUGGUACCACACCAGCGACUGACCAUCAACAACACAGCCGCGCUGCUACGAUCAUUAAAGUCGUUCGCGCUUCCAGCUAUGCUACCGUUCUCCGCCGUGCAGUCCGUCACUUCCGAAAACCCUGUCGUUAUCGCUGAUGUCGAGGAUGAUCUCAACCGCGAACUCGCUUUCUACCGACAAUCACUAGACGCCGUGACCGAAGCCCGUCGGCGGUUAAAGAAGGAGGGAAUUCCUUUUACCCGCCCAACCGAUUACUUCGCCGAGAUGGUCAAAUCCGAGGAGCAGAUGGGCAAGGUCCGCACAAAGAUGCUCGAUUCCGCCGCGAGACAGAAGGCUAGCGCGGACGCUCGAAGGCAACGUGACCUCAAGAAGUUUGGCAAGGCAGUGCAGGUGGCCAAACUGCAGGAGCGACAGAAGGAAAAGCGAGAGACCCUAGACCGAAUUAGCACACUUAAGCGCAAACGACAAGGUGCAGACCUGACCACCAACGAGGGUGACAUGUUCGACGUCGCACUCGAAGACGCCGCGGUAACGGCUAGCAAGGACCGCGCCGAGCGAAGAGCAAAGGGUGCUGCGGAUGGUCCCAACCGCAAACGACAAAAGAAGGACUCGAAGUUUGGUUUUGGCGGUAAGAAGCGAUUCUCAAAGAGCAACGACGCCCAGUCGGCGGGAGAUAUGUCGGGAUACUCGGUGAAAAAAAUGAAGGGCGGAGGAAAGCCAGGCAAGUCACGGCCAGGAAAGAGCAAGCGGGCCAGAAUGUGA